AUGGCGCAAGACGAACUUGGUCGUAUCAAGGAAGAGGAUGAUGGAGAUGAGCUCAGAGCAAAAGCCCGCCAGGCUCUCCACCAGGCUGUCGACUUCUCUUUCAGUUGCCAGCAGCCGGACGGCCACUGGGUAGCGCCGGUCUCUGCAGAUGCUACUUUCACGGCACAAUACGUUAUGUUCAAAUAUGCCAUGCCUGGGCUAUCUCUUGACGAGGAUGGAAAGGAGAUUCAACGCUGGCUUCUAGGAGAUCAAAGAGAGAGCGAUGGGUCGUGGAGCUUAGCUCCUGAACUACCAGGUAAUGUGUCCACGACCGUAGAGGCGUACCUAGCGCUGCGGAUCCUGGGUAUGUCUGCCUCAGAUCCAGCAUUACAACGAGCACGAGACUUCGUGAUUUCUCAAGGUGGUGUCGCGAAGGUGCGGUUUUUCACUCGCUUCUUCCUCGCUACGUUCGGUUUGGUCCCAUGGAAAGCUAUCCCACAGAUGCCAGCUGAACUUAUACUGAUGCCGGCGUGGUCACCGCUCAACAUCUACGUCCUCUCAUCAUGGGCGCGCAGCACCCUAAUACCCAUCCUCGUGGUCCGACAUCACGAGCCCGUAUAUGCGUUGCCAAACGGGUGCAGUCCAGACAAUGACUUUCUGGACGAGUUAUGGGUCGAUCCUGCGUCCAAAGAGGUACCCUUUGCGCGUCCGCUCUGGGAGCUCUUCUGCGGACGCGACCGCGAUAUUAUCGAAUUCGCCUUUACAGUGGGAGACACAAUACUAGCCAAGCUCGGGGGCCUGAAGAAGGGACCACAGCGCCGACUUGCGAUUCGGCGGUGCAUCGAAUGGCUGCUCGAGCACCAGGAAGAAGCUGGCGACUGGGCUGGCUUCUUCCCGCCCAUGCAUGGCAGUGUAUGGGCGCUUCUCAUGGAAGGUUUCCCCUUGCAUCAUAGGGCGGUGCGGUUAGGACUGGAGGCUUUGGAGCGCCUGGCUAUGAACGAUGAGACCGGAAAGUGGCUACAGUCGACUGUAUCGCCAUGCUGGGACACGGCGCUCUCGGGAAAGGCGCUGGCGGAGGCGGGUUACACACGGGAACGGGCCGAUCCGCGUGUGAAAGCGGCGACCGAGUGGGUCCGUUCAUUGCAGCUUCUCGGCCCGGUUGGUGAUUGGCGCAUUUAUAGUCCCAACCUCGCAGCAGGCGGCUGGAGCUUCCAGUACUACAACGCCUGGUAUCCAGACGUGGAUGAUACGGCCGUCGUCGUGAUGAUGCUGGUCCUCCACGAUUCAGUCGAGAUCGAGUCAAAGUGUGUUGAAAAGGGCGUUGAAUGGAUCUUGGGUAUGCAGAACCGUGACGGUGGCUGGGGUGCAUUCGACCUGAACAAUGACGCGCGUUGGCUGCACAAGAUUCCCUUUAGCGACAUGGAUAGUCUGGUGGACCCAAGCACGGCGGAUGUGACUGGCCGUAUCUUGGAGUGUUUUGCGGUCCUCCUCACUCAUCGCAAAGGAGGCCAUCGUCUGCGUCCGAGUUUGGCGCAUCGAUUGCAGACCGCAGCACAGAAGGCCCUCGUCUUCCUUCUCACCGAGCAGCACCCAUGCGGUGCAUGGUGGGGAAGAUGGGGCUCCAAUUACAACUACGGUACGGCAAAUGUGCUCCGUGGCUUAUGGGCGUUUUGUGGUAAGGAUCAGGAGUGCGAGGUGUACAGAGCGGCUAUGCGUGCUAUUCUCUGGUUCGAAAAGUGCCAGAAUGACGACGGAGGCUGGGGAGAGACGCUUCACUCCUACAAUGAAUACAGCCUCGCCGGCUGCGGUCACUCUAGCACGGCUGCCCAUACCGCGUGGGCCCUUGAGUCGUUGCUGCGUUUUCGUCCACCCUCUGACAGAGUAAUUUUGAGAGGUAUCGAAUGGCUCGUUACCCACCAGAAUCCGAAGAGUGCUGAGCGUCACCACUGGUCUUCCUGGCCCUCAGACACUUAUGUUGGUACCGGUUUCCCCAACGUGCUGUAUCUGGGAUACCCUAUGUACCACCAUCACUUCCCUAUCUCUGCCCUUUCACGAUGGCUUGACAGCAGC